AUGCUCUGCUAUAUGGCCUUGGUCUUAUUUGCACCGGUCCCCCGCGAACCCCGCCGCUCUGAAAAGCAGUACAUCACCGUCUUGCCCAACGGGGAGCGCAGCGAGCCCAGGGAGCUCCCGUGCUGGAUCGACAAAUGGACUGCGGAGAAAGAGGUCAGCAAGAAGCGAACUGGGGGCAAGAGAAGAGAAACCCUCGCUAAGAUCGCGCUUGAGGAGCCGGAAUUAUUUAUGAGCGUUGUUGUGCCCGCGUACAACGAGGAGGAGCGGUUAACGGGCAUGCUAGAGGAAGCCGUGGAUUAUUUGCAGCAGGAAUUCGCUGGGAGAGGCUGGGAGAUCAUCCUUGUGAGCGAUGGGUCCACAGACAAGACUGUGGACAAGGCGCUGCAGUUUGCGCGUGAGCACCAGCUCAGCAAGCACAGAAAGUCGGUGUCAGGGCCGUGGAAGGACCACCUGAAGCAUGAGGAGCGCAUUCCGGAAGGCAGCAUCCGCAUCGUUGAGUUGGAAGCAAACCGCGGGAAAGGCGGUGCAGUCACGCAUGGCAUGAGGCAUGUACGAGGCAAAUACGUCGUCUUUGCAGAUGCAGACGGUGCAUCAAGAUUCAGUGACCUGGGGAAGCUGGUCGAAGGUUGCGAGAGAGUUGAAGAUGACAGAGGACGUGGAGUAGCGAUUGGCAGCCGUGCGCACUUGGUAGGCAGCGAGGCUGUCGUAAAGCGCUCUAAACUCCGCAACUUCCUAAUGCACUCCUUCCACUUGCUCCUCCGCCUCAUGACACCCCCCGCCACCGCCGCCAUCGCAGACACCCAAUGCGGCUUCAAGCUCUUCUCUCGCCCCGCCUUACCCUACAUCAUCCCGUACAUGCACAGCGAGGGCUGGAUCUUCGACGUCGAGAUGCUCAUGCUUGCGGAGAGCGGCAAGAUACCCAUGGUCGAGGUGGCUAUUGGAUGGAAGGAGGUUCUCGGGAGUAAGCUGAAUGUUGUUUGGGAUAGCUUAGGCAUGGCGUGGGGUCUGGCGGUGCUGAGGGCUGCAUGGUUAACUGGAGUUUACAAGCGGGAUUGA